AUGAAUCAAGUACAGUCAAAAGAAAACACGAUUAAGUUAUUCGGAAAGUUCUCCUACGACGACAUCGAAGUAAAGGACCUUUCACUAAAGCCAUACAUGAAUAUCCACACCAGAGUGUCUGUACCCCACACCGGAGCAAGCUACUGCAAAAAGUCUUUCGAGAAAGCAGGAAUGCCACUGACCAUGAGACUGGCCCACGGCCUGAUGAGACACGGAAGAAACACAAGCAAGUCUCUGCUGGUCCUAAAGGCAAUAAGAGACUCCUUCAUCAUCAUAGAAAGACUCACCAAGAAGAACCCCAUCCAGAUCCUCGUCGAUGCAUGCAUCAACGCAGGCCCAAGAGAGUCCACUUCUAGAAUUGGAAAGGGAGGAUCCGCCAAGAGAUCAUCCGUAGACGUAUCUCCAAUGAGAAGACUCAACCUCUCCAUCUCCUUCCUCACCACCGGAAUGAGAAAGGCCGCCUUCAAAAACCCAAAGACUCUCCCAGAAACCAUCGCAGACGAGCUGAUUGCAGCAUCUAGAGGAAACCCCAACUCGUUUGGAGUAAAGAAGAGAGACGAAAUCGAAAGAGUUGCUAAGUCCAGCAGAUAA